GAUUCUUUCCUGAGCUCAAUAGCAUAGACAGAGUACAAACCCAUCUCCGCUCUACCACACCCCCGUCAACCUUUGUAAAGAUGUCUCCCCAAGCCUUCGCCCGCGCCAGCCCGCGCAUCAGCUCUCUCAUCGGCCGUCGAGCUUUCCACGCUACCCGCGCCCGUCUAUCCUCGCCAUACCACUACCCCGAGGGCCCCUACUCCAACUUGCCGUUCAACACCAAGACGCGCUUCUUCGCCGUCCGAUACUGGCUCUACUGCAUCACUGGGUUCUUCGCCCCCUUCGGUAUUGCCGUCUGGCAAACCAACAAGCCCAAGGCUUAAGCGUCUCGCGAUCGGAUCUCUGUAUUAGUGCCGGGUUUCAGAUGAACAGGAACUUGACAUGGGUGAUGCCUUGGAUGCAAACGAGGGAAACAAUGCGGCUGUACAUAUAGGAGCAUUAUAGAUCUAAGAGGCGACCGCCAAACUACAAUUCCAUUUGUCCCUCCA